GACAGCACAAUAUGUUAAGUAAGCGAUCUCAGCUGAGUUGAGUAACCUUCACAUGCGUUUAUUUUUCUAAUAUCCAUUGGCGUAACAUUCGCCUUAUUCGCGGUUAGACUAACCGGCUGCCGCGACGUAUCAUAAAGCCGAAGUGCUCAAUCUAAACCAUAUAUUUAGUUUAUUGUUUUUGUCAAUUUUAAAACAGUAUAUUCAAAAUGAAUGGAAUAAAUCAAUGGAAGGGUAAAGUGGCAAUGGUCACAGGUGCAAACGGCGGUAUUGGUAUGGAAGUUACGAGGAAAUUUUUAACUCUAGACCUAAUUGUGGUAGCUGUAGACAAAAAUUGCGAUCAACUAAUGGCAUUGAAAGAUGAAUUAAAAACUACUAAUUUACAUCCUCUGAAUGUUGACUUAUGUCAUGAAGAAGAAAUUAUAAGGGCAUUUCAAUGGAUUGACGAUACAUUUGAAGGUGUUGAUGUUCUUGUUAAUAACGCGGGGAUUGGAGGUCAAGGAACUUUAAUAAAUGGUUCGGUAUCUGAGUGGAAAAAAAUGUUAGAUGUUAAUGUAAUAGCAUUGAGUAUAUGCUCCCGAGAAGCUAUAAAAUCAAUGAACAGUCGAAAUUUGAAUAAUGGGCAUAUAAUACAUUUGAGUAGUAAUUUAGCAUACUACGUUCCCUCUUAUGCUCCAUUUCAUUUUUACUCUGCCACAAAACAUGCUGUACGAGCAUUAACAGAAGGAUUGCGACAAGAGUUGAGAGAUUUAAAAAGUCCAAUAAAGGUCACAUGUAUUAGUCCAGGUCUUGUGAAAUCUUCAAUAUUUAAAAGUUCUCUAGGAGAUGCUUUUGAUAAGCAUCUAUAUGAAGCAUAUCCAAGUAUCAAUCCUUCUGAUAUAGCAUCAACUAUUGAAUUUAUAUUAGCCACUCCACCUCAUGUACAAGUACAAGAUAUUAUUAUCAAACCAUUGGGCUCAGACGCAUAAAGAAAAACUCAUAUAUCACAAUAAUAUUGUUUUAGUUAUCCAAUUUUAAAACAUGAUACAAAUUUAUUAUUCUAAUUUAAGUAAGGAAAACCUAUAAUAAUGUACAAUAUAAAAUCAUACAUAUAAAUAGAUUUUUACAUUUAAAAAUUUAUUUACAUAACUUCAACCAAAUUAAAAAAAAUGUAUUAUUUUACAUCAAUUAUAAACUUAUACAACCUUAAAUUCAGGUUAAGAUCACAGUUUGUAACAUGUAAGUGAUUUAAUUAAGUUAUUUAUUAAUUAAUUUUUUAAAUAUUGUUAUUUAUAAAACCUUUUUUCUUUCUUGUACUUCUAUAACCCAUAUUUAACUUAAAUCACAUAUUUUCUACAGUUUUUGAUACAAGUGUUACACCACCAUUUCUUAUAAUAUGAUGAAUAUAUUAUUAAAACACAUAUACAAAUGUAUAUAUUCACAUACUUAAAAUAGUUUCAUUCAGAAUUAUUUUUGGCUUGACAAAAUUUACCAUAACAGGCUUAUAAGGUAACUUAUUAUUCGGUAGUGAGCAUACGAUGAUGCAAUAAAAAAUAAAUGCAGUAUCAAAAAGCGCACACAAUCUUGUUGAAUAACAGAUGAUUGUCGACCUUUAUGGCCAGGAAAUUCACCAGUUGAGUAAAAAAUCUCUAAAAGACGUUCUUUUUCUUCCCACCGGUCAAACAACCAUUUUGUCAUUUCUUCUUGAUCUCUAGGAACCUAAACAAUUUAAUAUGGAUAAGAAUUAAUUAUGAAAUUAUGUUCGAGAAAUGGAGGUUUAAACUGACCACUGAACUAGGAAAUAAUCUAUAGUACAUAUGUGUACAACAAGCUCUACGUUGACCCAUUAUAAUAGUUGGCAGAUCUAAUGGUUUUCCUUCAGAAUAUGCUAUUGUUAUAUCCAAAAUCCAUGUUAACUUGUCAGUAUUUUCAUCUAAUAAACAAUUUUCAACAUUA